AUGGCUUUGUUCAGAGGUCUCUUGGGUGCAAAGAAGAUUAUCAGCCUUUCCGUAGCGGCUACAAGCAAAAGGACAGUUUCACCACCAAAGGGGUUUCUUGCAGUGUACGUUGGCGAAGACCAGGUCCAGAAGAAGAGAUAUUUGGUGCCAAUCUCAUACUUAAGCCAGCCUUCUUUUCAAGCUCUUCUCAGCAAAUCCGAGGAAGAAUUCGGGUUUGAUCAUCCGAUGGGUGGAUUAACCAUUCCUUGUCCUGAAGAUACCUUCAUCAAUGUGACUUCCCGGCUUCAAUGA